AUGAAAUUCAAAAAUAAAGUGGUUAAUGCUCCAGAGAGCUCUCAUGAAGAAGAUUUUGAUCCGAGCAAGAAUGCAUAUGUUCAAAUAAAUGCAAAAACUUGGUACAGAGACUCCCAUGGGCUGUUUGACUAUGACUCGAACAACGUUGUAAAGACAAAGACUAUUUAAGGCUUUCCAGUCUUGCUUUCUCAACAAAAUGGCAGAUGACAAAAUUAUUCCAAAUGUGGAAUUCAAUGCAUUAGAUAAUCCUAUCGAAAACAAUCCAUUUUCAGUCUCUAUUGUAUUCAUAAACGGGAAAUAUUACAUGCAAAACGACAAGGGGUAUACUUGGAGAGUUCUGAAAUCUCCUAAAAGAUUUCCUGGACUAAAAUGGGCGCCAGAGAAACUUCGAAAAGGAGACAUCUUGAAACUUGGCAGAUACAUUUACGAAGUUAAAGUCAUCUCUUCUCAAAGCGUCAAUAAUGAUCGUGAAGAAAGUCUUGACAAUACUGAAAUUGAAGCAAAAAGAAAAGCUAAUAAAGUUACCAACCAACUUAGUAUGAAUAAAGUAAUCAGCGUUGUAACAGCAGUUGAUGAAGGAGACAAGGAUGUAGACAACGCUUCAGAUAGAGGAGGGCUUCCUGCACAUUCAUCUCAACAAAGCAAGGGAGAAAUGCUAUGUAGAAUCUGCCUGUCUGAAGACUCUGAUAAAGAUAAUCCGAUGAUUUCCCCUUGAAAAUGUGCAGGAACAAUGAAAUAUAUUCAUUUAGAUUGUCUGAAAGAAUGGCUUAAUUCUAAAAGAUCAGAGAAAAGAGGGACUCACUUUAGUUCAUAUCUUUGGGAGAACGUAUAUUGUGAGCUAUGCAAAGAUAAUUUCACUGAAAAUGUAACUACUCAAUAUGGUGUAGUAAAUAUCCUUGGAAUUGAAACUCCAGCUAAUGACAACUAUAUAAUCUUAGAGGCAUUAAAUAGUGAGGAAAUUCUACACAGAAAUACCAAAAUGGUUCAUAUCAUUGACUUCAGAAAACUCAAACAAUUGAAUGUUGGAAGAGGACAUGAUAAUCAUGUGAGAAUUACUGACAUAAGCAUUUCAAGAUUACACUGUAAACUUAUAUGCAUGAAGAAAGAAAUAUAUAUUGAUGAUCAAGGAUCUAAAUUCGGAUCUUUAAUUGCAGAGCAGAAACCUGUAGAUAUUUCAAAACUGGGAAAUGAGUCUAUGAUCCAAGUAGGAAGAACCUUAUUAAUGACAUCCGUUUGCAAGCCAAAGAUAUGAUGUUGAAAAACUUACAAAACAUCAACAGCUACUCUUGGGCUACCAUAUUCAGAAUACUCAAAGGUGUUUCCAUCCAUCUACAGGAAGAUCUAUGAUCAAGAGUACCCUCAAAAAUGAAUUAGAAAUACCGAUUUAGAUGAAAAUGGAAUGAUAUCCUCUCAAGAUCUUCUUCAGAGAAAGAAUUUCAAAGCAGAUGAUGUAAACUAUCAUACACAAGAUAGAGAACAACAAAAUUAUGAUUACCACACCCUUGGAGUUGAGAUAGAAGGAAGACCAAGUAAUGCAAUGCAAACUCAGACUUUAAUAAUGCCUUACACUGAAAACAAUCUCUCUUCAGGGAACAGGAAUAAUAGCAGAAGGAAUAUUGAAAGAACUCCUCAAUUACAAUCCGACAGUAUUAAUGAUGAAGUAGACCACAGGUUUAGUAGUGAUGAUGAAGAAGAGAAAAAGAAUAAUAGAGAAGAUAAAGAAGAACAAAAGGAGGCUUCAUUUAACCAAAGUCCAACCAGAAUGGAAAAACAAGCAGCUAGAAUGAUGGAUGAUCCAUACAAAAACAUUGAUACUAGUAAAAACAAUGCGUCAGACGCCUCAGGAGAAAAAGAGAAAAGCAAAAUAGAUGAAAUUCAUGAUUUCAUAGAUGAGUGAAAUGAUGAACUAAAAUCCAUUGAUCAAAUAGCCAGGAGCAAUCAAAACGAAGUAGAAGAAUCCAAGAGCCAACAAGCUCGUAUAAACCUCAAUAGUCAGCAUAGCAACAACCGUGACCCAUCUCUCAUAAUUCAAAAACGAGAAAGAAUGAACAAAACCUCUAAUAUAUCAAAAAUAGAAAACAGCAGCAGCUCGAACUUAGUCCCUCACCAAAAUAUUAGCUUCUCAGAAGGACGGAGACUGGACCAGAUGUCUUCUAUCCCUGUCCAGGAAUCGCCUCACUAAUAAAUCUUACUGCUCAAUUAUCUAUUGUCAACUGCAAAUCACUUAGUAGAGAUUUUUCUAUGAAAAUUGAAUAC